AUGAUAAGGGGCAUACUAAUCUCGCUCAUCCUAACCACCGAGGUGCGGAGGAAAAUUCUGUAUACCAACCACUGCACAUACUUGUGGGUGUUCCUAACGCUGCUGUGCAGUGUGCUGGUUGUCUCUCUCUUGGCACACAGCAGGAAAGGAAGUAAAAGCAAGUGGAAGAUGAUAAAAGGGGGGGGUUCUUCUCCGGGGACAGAAAAUGAAACAAGUCCACGUAGAGGUGGAAACCCAUUUAGGAGUCCCACCUUAACCAUCGGGGCAUAUCAGCACAGGGAAAAAAUCCCACUAGGGUUCCUCAACAAAAAUGAGCAGCCCAUAACAUUUUUGCGUUUGUACGAGAAGGGGGUUAUUAGCACUUGGCAGUUGUUCGUGCAGAUAUAUCGCAGCAACUUUUUUCCUUCUUUUUUUUUUCCUUUCCUCUUAACCCUGCUGGCUUCGAAAUAUGAUUUUCUAAACUUUGGCGCGGCGAAGCUGUCUCUUGCCCUCGUGAACGAGUUCCUGCUCGGCAGCGUCUUCCUGCGAUAUGUGCGGGUGAAUGUCUGGACCUACCUCCUCUUCCACUCGCUCCUCUUUCUCGCAACACUGGGCGCAAUGCGAAUUCGCGAGAGCUUGGCCACCUGUUCCCUCUGGUUUGUACUCAACUUUGUCUUUUAUCACAUGAUCGCCAUAGCGGCCUUUCGGCUGACGGACGGGGUGUUUUCCUUCCUGGAGGGGGCGACAGUCAGCGUGGCGGGGACCCUCCUCCUCGACGCUUACGCAUACGGCCUAUUCCACGUCCACCUGGACGGGGGCGUCAUUCCUAGUGUGUUGUCUGUGUUCCUCAGUGGGGCGGCCCUCAGUUUGACCCUCUACGCCGCGUGCUGUGUUUACUUGCUACGGCAGGCCGACUACCAGAAGGGGAAGCUUCUCAUCGCCUCGCUGGCGUUCCUGCUGUACAACCUCAUCAACCUCGGCGCCAGACGAUACGACUUCGUGAGUGCAGCGGACACAAGCGCGAUACAAGCUUUAGUCCACCUGCUAUGGCACCAACAGAAUUACAUUUUAAUUUUUGCCUGGGUCGUCAUCACAACUCUGUACGUAAUUUACAUUUUCAAGUUGGUGAAGAGAAAUGGAAACUUGUCUUACCUGAGGAAGCACUACCAUUUCCUGCUCUUUGUGAAUGCCCAGUUGUCUUUUUGCUUGGGGAAGGUGGAGAUCCUUGUGGUGACCCUCUCCUUCGCAUUUCUCCUUCUGCUCUUCCUGGAAGUCGCGCGAAAAAUCGGCGAAGCGCUGUCGCCGGAUCGGAACACGCUGCAUAAGUUCAUCACCAGUUUUAUUGACGAUAGAGAUAGGAAGGGUCUUGUCGUUACGCACAUUUACCUCUUGGCUGGGGUGUACAUCCCAAUCAUCGCGGACGCACUGUUGAACAACAAGAACUACGUGCGCAAGGGAACCCGAAGUGUCUUCCUCUUCCGGGACGCCGACCUGACUCUCUACAGCUCGGGGCUGAAUGCCAUAUGCAUAGGCGACUCAUUUGCUGCCAUCGGGGGGCUUCUGUUCCCCACCCCGAAGAUCAAAAACACGAACAACAAGUCGUAUGCAGGAUUGUUCUUUUUUUUUUGUUCUACAUUUUUAUCGCUUUUGCUUGACGGCUACUUCGUUCAAAAAAGGCCGUUGGCCAAUUUGACCGCCAUUUUUAUGGUAUCCCUCUUCGGUGCCCUAUUCGAGGCAUUUCUCCAUGACAUAGAUAAUUUGAUACUCCCCAUAUUCACCUUUUGCGUACCAUCGGACAUCACAAUUCUCGAGCACAAGUACGCGAGAAAGAAUGAGAAGAGAAGAAUCAAUAUUUUUAAGAGGCUGUUUAUCCAUUUUUCCUUUUUCACCAUUGGAAAUAACUGCAACAAAUUGAGUAGCCAUGACGUGAUUAAGGUCCUUUCGAAUGUUUAUGAAAAUGAUCCAAGUGAAAGUCAAAACGUGAACUCGAUUAAUAUUAUUAACAUUUUAAAUACAAGACAGACGGAUAUUGAGAAGCAGGUCCAGUGUAAGCUGUGGUCCUUUCUGGGCUUCCUGCUGUUACCCCUGUAUAGCCUGAACAAGUUCAAGUACUACGACGCCAAGAGCAAAAUGAUCGUCGCACCUUUUUUUUCCAUUGCGGGUAUUUACCUGGGCUCCUUCUUCGGGAACGUGGCCACGGGCAGAUUUUCAGACUACAAAAGAUCGAAGUUCCUUGGGACGUUACCGGCACACGUUUUUUUAAAAGAAACGUACGCAGUGGCAUAUGACUUGGCUAAUUUGGGCUCGGCGGAGAAAAGGCUGGCCCUGAACUUGCUUCAGGUGUUCGAAGAGGCGCGGAGUGCCGAGCGGGGGUUCUACGAGCGGCUGGACAACUCACAGAAAAUUUUCGAAGAAGUGGGGGCGGGGAGGGCCAGUAUUGGCCAUGUGGGCGACCAUGUUGGCGGCGGUGUGGAGGUGCCACCCUCCUCCUUCGUGCAGGUCAAGUCCAAAGGGCCAGUCGAGGAGGAGACUAUUUGGAGAGCCCUUUACGACACGCAGCUGCGGAGAUCCCCUCCUAACGAACAGGUGCAUGUGUACUCCCUGGAGGAUGUAAAAAAAGAGUUUGAGCAAGCUCAGGUGGAAGCAUUUGUGUCUCAAAUAGUUUUGCUGAAGGAUCAGUUUGAAAUGAAUUUAAAUCACAUGAAGGAGGAGCUUCCGAGGGCUAAGAAGCUACACGAGGCUAUUAGUGAAGCAGUUGCUUUAGAAGACAGAGUUGGACAAGGGGGUCUGGCGCGGGGGAGUAAUAAAAACGGCGCCCUCAGGGGUGGCGCGGCUGGGAUGGGGGAGAGCGGCACGAGGGUUCUUUGUUAG